AUGUUAAUAGUUCAAGCGUCUGUGGUCCGAGUGGUGCAACUGGUAUGUCAAUCUUCAUUGCAGUUCGGGACUGGGAGUGUUGACGUUCCCUUAGAAUGGACUACGGCUACCUCGGGCAAGAUGGGAUGCAUCGACUACUUCAACUGUGGUAUUGAUAGUAUUACUGGGUGGUCGCCUCCUUAUAUACCGAUGGACCAAGUGGUUUCUCGUAUGGCGGACUUGAAGGAGGCUAUAAAGAAACCCGGCAGUCCGUUCAGAGCCUGCGAGCAGUUUGUCCCGAUCUUUGAGAAAUAUGCUCAGGUGUUUGGGGUUCCGGCGAUACUCAUGGCAUCUUUUGCUUUGCAAGAGUCUACAUGUAAUCCGUCUACUACUGGUGGGGCGGGCGAGGCGGGGCUUAUGCAGUUGACUCCGGACAAGUGCUAUGAUGCGCCGAAUGGAAAUUGUUAUGAUCCCGAUUACAACAUUUCGGCUGGCUUCAAGUACUUUGCGGAGCGGCUCGCCGCUAAUAAUGGUGAUUUCCUUCUUACCUGUGGGAACUAUAACGGUUGGUUCAAGGGAAUGACCUAUGCAAAUGGUCCUUGCUGCCGGUGCCAGAAUAACCUUGAUUAUCUUCAACAGCUCGCGAACGGGUUCCUUCAGAACGUAAACGCCUAUGACCCGAAUCACCGUCUGGGAAAGUACUUUAAUCUGGACAAGUGCAACCAUGGUAGUACAUAG